AAAUAUCACUCUUCUUCUUUCUUUUUUCCUUUUAAUCUUUUGAAUUUUCUGAGAAACAUCUUUUUGUUCUUGGUUUCUCCGACUCUUCCCACUUUGAUCACUAAGUUUAAGAGAGAAAAUCAAAGAAUGAGUAGUGGGGGUGGUGGUGGUGGGGAAAUGGAAGAGAGGCUGCUACUAAAAGACUCAGAGACAGGACAGAGGAGGGAGAUUCUCUACCUGAGGAAGAAGAUCUCGACUGAAGUAAGGAAGAUGUGGAGAAUAGCUUUACCAUCAACUUUGUUCAGAGUGAUGUCUUUUGGAUGCAUAGUGGUGGCUCAAGCCUUCAUUGGCCACUCCAGUGAAACGGGUAUCGCUGCUUAUGCUCUCCUUCAAACCACUUUCAUGCGCUUCAUCUACGGUAUUAUGGCAGGUAUGUCAAGUGCUACGGAGACGUUGUGUGGACAAGCAUACGGAGCAGAACAAUACCACAUGAUGGGUAUAUACCUACAACGUUCUUGGAUAGUAGACUCCUUUGUAGCCACUCUCUUCGUCCCUUUCAUAGUCUUCGCCGGUCCCAUUCUCCGGUCACUAGGCCAAAACGUUGAGAUCACCGAGACGAUAGAUGAGAUCUACGCUUGGGUCAUCCCUUAUCUCUACAGCAUCGUCUUCACAAUGACAAUGCAAAUGUAUCUCCAAGCGCAGAUGAAAAACGCCAUCAUAGGUGUUCUCUCGGUCAUAGCCCUGGUCUUGGACAUUGCGGUGACGUGGUGGUGUGUUAGCGUGAUGGGGAUGGGGAUCCAUGGUGCGCUUCUAGGGCUUAAUGUAAGCUCGUGGUCAAUAGUAAUAGCCGAGUUUGUGUAUGUGUUUGGAGGGUGGUGCCCUCAUACUUGGACCGGCUUUAGCACUGCUGCUUUUGUUGAUCUUAUUCCCAUGUUCAAGUUAUCUGUUUCCUCUGGCUUCAUGCUUUGCUUAGAGUACUGGUAUACGAGCAUCCUCGUCUUGAUGUCUGGAUAUGCAAAGGAUGCGAAUAUCGCAAUUUCUGCUUUCGCCAUAUGCCAAUAUAUCUACACCUGGGAGCUGAACAUAUGCCUCGGCUUGUUGGGUGCAGCAUGCGUACGAGUGGCAAACGAAUUGGGAAAAGGUGAUGCGGACGCGGUGAGGUUCUCGAUAAAAGUGGUGCUUGUGGUGUCAGCGGUGAUCGGUGUGAUAUGUUCGGUUAUUUGCCUAGCGUUUGGUGGUCAGAUUUCGUAUUUGUUCUCCGACAGCCAUGCAGUUUCGGACGCUGUCGAUGAUCUCUCCAUCGUCCUUAGCAUAUCUAUAAUCCUCAACAUCAUCCAGCCCGUUCUCUCUGGGGUAGCAAUUGGAGCAGGGAUGCAGAGUAUGGUAGCAUUUGUGAACUUAGCAUCUUAUUAUGCAAUUGGUGUUCCUUUAGGUGUCCUCUUUAUUUGGGUUUUCCAUUUUGGUGUUAAGGGACUCUGGUCUGGGAUGUUGGUUGGAGUUGGUCUCCAAUCGUUGAUAUUGAGUUAUGUUAUUUACAAAACUGACUGGGAAGUGGAGGUUAAGAAGACGAACGAGCGUAUGAAACUUUGGUCUCUAACGUUACAGGAAUCGAAUACUCUUUCGAUUGAGAGAUGAAGAAAGGAAGUAAUAUAUAUAUAGACAUAAAAAGAAGUUUUAAAAAUUGCUUUUGUUUUCGGAAAAUAGUAUUUGUGUUUUUUUACAUUGGCUUUAAAAAAUGAAGUACAUGUGUUGAGAUUGCAUUAUUAGGUUAAUGCAACUCUCAUUAUCAUUUAAAUAAGGUUAAGAAUGUUAAAGUUUUUCUUUUA